CGGCUGUUCCCUGUCCCGCCCCUCCGGCGGUUCCGGCUCCGGGUGAGCGCGGCACCAUGACGGGCCGCGGGUCGCCCAGCCGGUUCCUCACCGCCGUCCUGCACAACGGCGUGGGUCGGUACGUGCGGCAGCUCCAGCGCCUGCAGUUCCUCUUCAGCCCCACCGCAGCCGACGCCCGCGGCGCCAGGCAAUUCGUAGAGGAGGCAGCACAGGACUUCGCUCGGCAGCACCCCGAUGUUGUUCUCUACGUGAGCCCCGGCUCGGGCACGGCCCCGCUGGUGCGGGCUGAGUACUUGAACGGGACAGUGCGGGAGGAGCUCAUCGCCAGCAAGACAAGCGAGGAGAUCGUGCAGCUGGUCACGAAGCUGGCCAACCAGUCCGGCCUGGACAUCAUCCGCAUCCGCAAGCCCUUCCACACUGACAAUCCCAGUGUCCAGGGCCAGUGGCACCCCCUCACCAACAAACCCUCCAUCCUCACUGUCCAGGGCCCACGCCUGCAGCCCCAAUAAAGCCUCUUCCACCCGCA